AGACCCCAGCCAGGACAAAGAGCCUUUCAAGGCCCUGACAGCAGGAAAAGUUUGCACUCGAACCAAACACUCCUUAAACACCAGAAAAACCACGUUGCGGAGAGUCCCCAUCAGUGCCCUGACUGCGGGAAGCGCUUCACGCAGCGUUCGAGCCUGACCAUCCACCGGAGGAUCCACACGGGGGAGAAGCCCUACCCAUGUCCACAGUGCGGGAAAUGCUUCCGGCAGAGUUCGAACCUUCUCAAACAUCAGAGAAUCCACUCUGGGGAGAAGCCACACCAGUGCCCAGAAUGCGGGAAAUGCUUCGCCCAGCGCUCGAACCUCCUGAUCCACCAGAGGACCCACACGGGGGAGAUGCCCUACAUCUGCCCCGAGUGUGGGGCCUGCUUCAGCCAGCACCGAGGCCUCGUGACCCAUCAGAGGAUCCACAUGGAAGAGAUGCCCUAUGGAUACGGCUGUCCGGACUGCGGGAAAUGUUUCCAGCAGAACUCCGACCUCACUAAACAUCUUAGAGUCCACACGGGCGAGAAACCAUACAGCUGCCCGGCAUGCGGGAAGAGCUUCAGCUACAGCUCGAACCUCAGCAAGCACCAGAGAAUCCACACGGGUGAGAAGCCGUAUCUCUGCAACGUGUGCGGGAAAAGCUUCAGCCACCUGUCGACGCGGAAUACGCACCAGCGGGUCCACACGGGGGAAAGGCCCUACGGCUGUACAGAGUGCGGGAAAAGAUUCAUUUCCAGCUCCAAACUCACGAGGCACCUGAGAACCCAUUCAGGGCACACCCCCUACAUCUGCAACGAAUGUGGGAGGAGCUUCAGUUCCCACGGUACUCUGACCACACAUCAGAGAAUCCACUCUGCUGAGAGCUACAGCAUGAAAAAUUCUUGGGAAGCUAUGGAGCAGAGGCUCGGCAGCCCCGUGGGCAUCGAGUCACCUUUGUGA